UCUAAAAGGUGUCUGGAGAAGAAAAGCAACUAUAAAACCAUAUUGUUUUUAUUGUGUUUUAUUUUUGAAUUGUGUAUUUUUAUGUAGUGUUUUUAUUGUCUUUUUUUUUAUUAUUUUUUUUUUAAGGAAUCUGCUUCUCUAAUUCCUUGAUAUAGCUUGUGUUGUACAGAUAAGAGACUUGAAUUUUUUUAUAUUUACUAUUUUAAAAAGCUCCGUGAGAUAGUUUUGUUGUAGCUUGACCCUAUUUUGAUUGUGUUAUUUCACAAAUUACUGGAUUAUUUGAUCAGUAAGGUUGUUGCCUUUAAUGUAAAAGCUUACCAACUACUUUGAAUAAUUAGGGUUAAAUGGGUUAAAUGUUCCUUCAUGUGACUGUUGUGCUCUAAUUUGAAAUUCCAGAUCAUGCUUGACUCAUUCUGACUCCGACUUGUGUUCAGAGUCUAUCGCUGAGCACCCUCAUGUUUACAGCCUGAAGCACUUGUGAAUCAGACGUGAACGCAAGAAGUCACACUCCCUCCAACAGGAGGCAUGUAGGAGCUUUGUCUCAAAUCCUCUGUGUUUCAGAUUUGCCUCAACCUUUUUUUUGUCCCCUGUGUGCAGGCAAGAUGACCCUGGCUAUUGUUUUGACUAGGACUAUCCACUGGGGUCUCCUCCUCUUAUGCUUGGUGUGCAUGUGCAGCCAGCAAAGGUCCACUGGCAACCAAAGCUCCAGGGGACAAACGGGAUCAUCGAAAGAGAGGACAGGGACUUGUGAAGUGGUCGCGGCUCAUCGCUGCUGCAACAAGAACAAGAUUGAAGAGCGCUCUCAGACGGUCAAGUGUUCUUGUUUCCCAGGACAUGUAGCAGGGACAACAAGGGCGCUGCCCUCUUGCGUUGAAGCCUCAAUCGUGCGUCAGAAGUGGUGGUGUAAAAUGAAGCCGUGCGUGGAUGGAGAGGAGUGCCGAGUUCUUCCUGACCUGACUGGUUGGUCAUGCAUCUCGGGGAACAAAGUAAAGACCACCAAGGUGUCGCGGUAGGCAGGCAUCAGCCUGGUCCAAUCGGAGCACAGCCUUCCUUGCUGGCAGCAGUCAGCUCAACUUAACUCUGGACCCUGCGGGCUGUUGGAGCUACAAAGGAUAUACCGGUAGAUUUAAUUAGAUAUUUCCUGCUUCACAUUAAGCUGCAGUAACUCAUUAUUUCAAUAUCCCUCGUCUUAAAUACAGAUUUGGUCCGGGUUAAUCCCACAGAGUAGACAAUCUAUUAGCCAAGAUAAAAGCAAGCAGUGCCGUGUCCCAACCCAAACAGCCGGCUCCUGUGAGCGUUUAUUUCCCACAGUGAUGUGCUGAGAACAUGGUGCGUUAUUCAAGUACUGGCUCGGUCUGCUGUCAACCACUACAAAGGAGAGUUUGUGGAUUUUCAGGAGCAUAAAUACUGUAGAACAGCAGACAAUAGUCUAUUUUAGACUCACUUUGGGUUCUAUAAAGAGGUCAGAUCUUCUUGGACUCGUCUUUGACAUGAAGAUGUACUCUCAUGCACGCACGGAUUGGACGGGCCACCAGACAUGCAUGCAGACAAUCCUGCACCCCGAUGCAAAACAAGGAAUGUUUGAAAUUCUAAUCAUGAAGAGAAAAGAGAAGAGGAGCAUCUUCACCGUUGAGAGUAUUUACAUCAAGCUUUUGUUUAUCUCUCCAAACUCAGUGCUGCUGUUGAGGGGAGGCAGUUUAUUGUAAUAGCGAUGAACAUUGGAGAUUUUCUGCCUCAGAGCAAAGUGUAGCCACUGACAGAAUGUUUUCUGGUAUUACCACUUCAUCUUCUUUAUGAAUAAUAUUCCUUCUGGACCCACUCUCAUUGUCUUGUGUUUUAUCUCUGGUGUUCAGCCACUGUGUUUGCUUGUAAAUUCUCCAAUGAGGAGAUAAGAAGGUUAUAUUAACUUAAUACAAAUAU